UUGCAAACAAACACAGGGAACCUGGCAGGCACCCACCACCUCACCUCCGCCGACAGCGAGCACGGCCACCAUCACCCCUGCCAUACUCGCUUUGACUCCGCGUCUGGGCGCCUAGUCUAUUCCUCUUCCUGCCAAGAAUCCCGCCAGUUGCCUACCACCUCUCCCGGACUCCGCGUUCCUGCCUGAGCAGCUACCGAGAGUAGAGGGAAGGCAGGCGCUCAGUCUAAUGGGGAGGGGGAGCGCGAUGGCGCAAGCCCUUGCGCUCGUCGCCUUGCUCCUCGCCUGCUCCGACGUCGCCGUCGUCGCGGCGCAGGAGACUGAGAGGAUCCAAGGGAGUGCUGGUGAUGUGCUUGAAGAUGAUCCUGUCGGAAGGCUCAAGGUAUAUGUCUAUGAGCUGCCCCCCAAGUACAACAAGAAUAUACUGGCAAAGGAUUCGAGAUGCCUCAGCCACAUGUUUGCUACAGAGAUAUUCAUGCAUCGCUUCCUCUUGACGAGCGCGGUCCGGACUCUAAAUCCGGACGAAGCUGAUUGGUUCUAUACUCCAGUAUACACAACGUGCGACCUUACACCAUGGGGUCAUCCCUUGACUACAAAGUCUCCACGAAUGAUGAGAAGUGCGAUUCAGUAUAUUUCCAAGCGUUGGCCCUACUGGAACAGGACGGAGGGAGCAGACCAUUUCUUUGUCACACCACAUGACUUUGGAGCAUGCUUCUAUUUCCAGGAAGAGACGGCCAUCCAGCGAGGUGUCCUUCCGGUGCUGCGCCGUGCUACACUGGUCCAGACUUUUGGGCAGAAGCAUCAUGUGUGCCUGAAGGAAGGCUCCAUCACCAUCCCGCCGUAUGCUCCUCCUCAUAAGAUCAGAACUCACAUUGUUCCACCAGAGACCCCUCGUUCAAUCUUUGUCUACUUCCGUGGUCUGUUCUAUGACACCGCAAAUGAUCCCGAGGGUGGUUACUAUGCAAGGGGUGCCCGUGCGUCAGUAUGGGAGAACUUCAAGAACAAUGCUCUGUUCGACAUCUCCACAGAACACCCGCCAACCUACUAUGAGGACAUGCAGCGUGCCAUCUUCUGCCUGUGCCCACUGGGGUGGGCGCCAUGGAGUCCCCGUCUAGUGGAGGCCGUGGUGUUUGGCUGCAUCCCCGUGAUCAUCGCGGACGACAUCGUGCUCCCCUUUGCGGACGCGAUCCCAUGGGAGGAGAUCGCCGUGUUCGUGGCCGAGGACGACGUCCUGAAGCUGGACACCAUCCUGACGUCCAUACCCAUGGAGGAGAUCCUCCGCAAACAGCGGCUGCUGGCGAACCCGUCGAUGAAGCAGGCGAUGCUGUUCCCGCAGCCCGCGGAGCCCCGGGACGCGUUCCACCAGGUGCUCAACGGGCUGGCGCGGAAGCUCCCCCACGGCAAGGGCGUGUUCCUCAAGCCCGGGCAGAAGGUGCUCAACUGGACCGAGGGGACCCGGGAAGACCUCAAGCCGUGGUAGGUGUGUAUAGUAUAGUGGCGACUGGUGAGGUUGAGGCACCGUCACCAUUUGGUGCUCUUUUGUAAACGACACAACAACCAGAUGAGAGGCUGAUCGAAGAUGGUGAUGCUGAUGAUGAGUGAACCACACAGCCAUUGAUGAUUAAAUGUAAAGCUCUUCUCUUGCUCCUCCAACCAUUCUUCUUUUUUGAGGCAAUGUGCCUGUCUUGCCUGUAUAUAUAUAUACUAGUAGCACAUGGCAAUCAGGGUGGCCGGGGCAAAGACAAAUUACACUAAUGGUAUUAUUAUUCUAUAUAUUAA